ACGCUCCACAGGUUGGCAGUCGAAUGCCGGCGCGGUUCACAAAUGGCCGCUGGAUGCCGUUUCGCGAUUUUCUGACCUUUCAAACUACCGCGCCAAACACUUUUUGGGCUGAAUCUACUUGAAUUAAGCCAGGGCUCUGGGGCUUCGCGUCACCAUUCGACUCGGCGUCUCUGGAACGCCAUGGCAACGCUCACCAAGAGCAUCGGCCUUGUUCUCGUCUCACUCGUCUUGGUUUCCAGUAAAUACGCGCAGGGCCCUUACGUCCUCACUAUCCAUGAAAUAGGCCUUUGCCCAAGAGAGGAAAUAGGUGAAACAGGUGACGACCUCCAACUCGAUGGCAGGAUUCACCACCAGCGGGGUGCAAAAAGUCCAGCCUUUUCAGGAAACGCAACAUUACUUAAUAACCCCGUUACGGUGGGCAACAGUAUGAUAACGACCUACGUAGCAAAAUGGGACACUGUUUCCGGGUGGAGGAAGAAUUUCGCAAUCCUCAGGUUUGGAGAAGCGUGCCAAGGGUUGAAGACAUAUUUGAAGACUUACUACAAGGAGUUCAUCGAGUCACACGCUCCUGGCUUCCCGUUGGAGUGCCCCAUUAAAGAGGGGACGUACCGGGUAAACAACGUUUCUUUGCGAUACGACGGACCGGCGCUCUUCCCCGUAAUGCCCUACGGCCGAUUCCGCUUAGACGGAGUGAUGCAUUACAUGAAUACAGCGUCGAAGAAGAUCCGUGGAUGUGGUCGCUUUGUGGUAGAAACUACCGAAAGAUUAGGACAAGAAAAGCUAUCAAGUCUCAACAUCGGGCAAGAGUCUCUCUUAACAAAAAUUAGGCAAUGA